GUCAGAGUUCGUUUGUCACAUGACUGGAACCCGGAAGUGCCUGUGUAAACACAAGUUAAGUGAGAUUCUCUGACUUUUAAACACGAUUUCAUUGUAGUGAUACAGACAGUAUUUGACUGGUCUCAUAAUGGCAGAGUUCGUAAACGUGCAUCUGCAAAAAUCCACCAAAGAGAAAAUUGAAAAAUUCAACCAAUUGAGAGGUACAGAAGUUCAGACUGAUGAAUUCUGGGAUCUUGUGGUUAUUACUGCAGUGGACGAGGACCAGAGGUCUGCUUAUGAAAUUCAGAUCACUGAGAAACUGGAGAGGAAAGAACUGCCUCUUGGCAUCAGUUAUCAUGUGUUUGCUGAUCCUUCAGGAUGCAAGAUUGGUAAUGGUGGGUCCACAUUACAUUCACUGCAGUGUCUUCAUGAUAAAUAUGGAAAGUCCCUGUCUGGAUUUAAAGUCAUCCUUAUUCAUGCAGGAGGAUUCAGUCAACGUUUGCCCAAUGCCAGUGCCCUGGGUAAAAUAUUUACAGCUUUGCCCCUGGGAAAACCUUUAUAUCAGAUGCUGGAGCUUAAACUUGCUAUGUAUGUGAAUUUCCCUUCACACAUGAAGCCAGGAAUUCUGGUAACCUGUGCUGAUGAUAUAGAGCUCUAUAGUGUUCCUGACAAAGAGAAUGUUGUGUUUGAUAAGUCAGGUUUUACUGCCUUAGCACAUCCCUCCCCUCUUUCUGUUGGUACCACACAUGGAGUUUUUGUUCUAGAACCAGCAGAGAUGACCAGAAUCUGUGACAUGGAAUACAGAAAUUGCUCUCAAUUUUUGCAUAAGCCAAACAUCGAAAAGAUGCGCAAAUGCAAAGCAGUAUGCGAGCGGAAAGGAGAGGAGUUUGUUUACACCGACAGCACUUAUUAUGUUGAUUACGGGACCGCUAUGACACUGCUGACCUUGUUUAGUGAAAUUGGCCCUCUGACAUGUGAAAUCGAUGCUUAUGGGGACUUUCUUCAAGCCCUGGGACAAAGAGCUACUGUGGAUUACACAGAAAACACAGCCAACGUCACAAAGAAGGAAAAAGGUCUUGUUGAGAUUCGCAGAAAGAUUUUCCGUCGUCUCAAAGGCACUGCACUUAACGUCAUCCUGCUCAACAACUCCAAGUUCUAUCAUGUCGGCACCACAGAGGAAUACUUGUUCCACUUCACCGCUGACCCCUGUCUCAGAGCAGAACUCGGCCUUCUCUCUGCCGCUUUCAGCGUGCGUGACUUGGAGCCAUCAGAGAAAACUAGAGCUUGCGUGAUGCAUAGCAUCCUGCAUCCCACUGUGACCGUAUCCCAGGGCAGUGUUGUGGAAUACUCCAGACUGGAUGCUAAGGUUAAAGUCGGUACUAAUUCUAUCAUCAGCGGAUGCUGGAUUGGCACGGAUCUAAACGUGCCGAGUGACACUUUCUUGCACUCUUUGUCUGUAAACCUGGAUGGUAAAACAGGUUUUGUGACUGUGGUUUUUGGUAUUCAAGAUGAUCUAAAGAGAAAUGUAUCCAACCCUGCUGAUAUGAAAGCACUGAGUUUGUUUAAGGUUAAUCUGGAGGACUGCGUUGGACUCUGGGGCUUGUGUCUCGAAAAGAUCAGGUUCUCAGGAGACACAUCUAUGUGCAGUUUAUGGAACGCCUGCAUUUUCCCAGUGUGUUCCGAUCUAAAGGAUUCAUUUGUGAUGUCACUGGGGAUGGUGAAGGCAUUGGAUAGUGGAACCAAAUUCACUCUUCCCAAUAAUACCAUAUUGACCUCUUUACAGGAAACUCUUCAGAACAAGAACCUGGAGGAAAUGCUGAAAUUUAGGAAGGAACUUUAUGAAGACAUUCUUAGGGUAAAUUUAAGUAAUUCUGUUUGAGCAUAUGUGCGUGAAAUAUCACUAAUUUCAUUACGUAAACUGCCAAAAAGGCAAAGUGCAGUAAUACUGAGAAAAAAGAAAAUGAUUUCAGAUUUGUUUUACUGAAUUUUAAUUGAUUCGAUUUCAGUUUUCACACUCUGUUUUCUCUAAAUAUGAACAAUGUUUAUUUAUUAAAGGGUACAUAACACACAGUUUCGGCCAAUCUCAUGUUAAUCUUGAGAACCUAUAGAGUAGUAUAGCAUUAUUCAUAUUUCCAAAAAGUCUUUAGUUUUAUCAGAUUUAUAAAAGAAAGAUAUGCUGUACCGAGUCUUUCCGAAAACAGCCGAGCUCCUGGAGGCGUGCCUUGGGCGAAGAUGGUCAGCUAAACAAAUGUAUUUAAACUCACACAAUAUACCAUUGCAUUAUCCCUGGAUAACUUUUGAACUUUAGCCAUGUUUAGCAAGAGAAUCCAACUCUUUAACAGGGUAAAUAAGUCAGAAUGCAUAAAAUAGCAUUAGACACUAAUUAAAUUUGUGACCCCCUUAAAUUUGUGUUAGCUCAUUGUAAUGUUGUGUGUUCAGAGUUAUUGCUUCUACUAUGUUUUACAUUUUCAUCUUACUUGAAGCGUCUUCACCAAACACUAUUAUGAAGGCCAAAGUUUAUCAGGUACGAAAUCUCAAAAGAAGGUCUUUAAUCAUCAUUAAAGUUGCUCAUUUUAAAUGUAUGUUUUGAAUGUAAAUCUAUGUAUCUGGAAUGUACACUACCAUUCAAAUGUUUGGGGUCAAUAAUACAGUAAAAACAGUAAUAUUGUGAAAUAUUGUUACAAUUCAAAUAACUGUUUUCUAUUUGAAUAUAUUUUAAAAUGUCAUUUAUUCCUGUGAUAAUAAAGCAGAAUUUUCAGCA